CCAAUUGCGAGCAGCGAGGGUUGGGGGCGCGGAUUUCGGAAACACCUUUUAGCGCAGGAUCGGGUGCCGCCGCCCCCGUCAAGGAGAAGCAUGGACUCCUGGACCGUCUCCGCUUCUCCAGGAGCCAAGCCGUUGGAAGGGAUGCCGGACAGCUUCCUUGUUGAAGACAUUACGGGGCUCAGCCAACCUCCUGCUCUUUGGAGGGACCCACCCGCAUUCAUGGACUCUCUGGAGCCUCCAGCUGGACUUGGGGACGUGGACAACAACUUCUGCUGGAGCAACAAUUUGGACCACUGCAUCUCCUACCUCAACAAGGAGCUGGGGGCGCUGGGGCUACCUGCCCUAUACCACGAUGAUGUCUCUGGGGCAGAUCGCAAGCAUGGCUUCAGCCUAUUGGCGCUGGUGAACGGUACCUGCGGGCUUCUGAAUCUCUACCAAGGUUUUUCUGCCAAGCUGGUGGGCAUUGAAGCCGAGGAGAUCCGGCGGGCCGGGGAGCUGGAUUCCCUCCGGGCACGGCAGGCAAAACUCAAGGACCAGGUAGAAACCUGUGAAAGGGAAAUUGCAGCUGUGCAGACCAGAGAGCAGCAACUGCUGAGCAACAACAGGCACCUGAACCAUUUGCUGAGAGGCGAGAAGGAUGAGAUCACCAAGCUCUUGAACGCUCUGGCCAGCCAAGCGGCCCAGCAUCUCCACGAAAUGGAAAAGAAGGAGCAAGAGGUGACUCGGCUGAAAGAGAAGAUGACAGACAAGAGAGACAAGAGAGGAACAAUCGAGAUUCUCAAUGUCCUGACCCGGCCUGAUGGAAAGAGGUCCACCUGGAAAACAGGGAAAUCUUUGGGCAAGAUUUGGGCCUGGGGUCCGGAGAAAGGCGCAGAGCACAUCUUUCCAUACGAGGCCUUCCAGGAGCAGUGGUGCCGAUUCAGAAAUGCUGCGGGGGUUUCCGGUUCCCACCUGCCCAGGGCGGACGAGCACCAGCCAGACCCCGUCAUCAGCAUCACAGACCACGAGAAGGAGAUUGUGAAGCUGAAAGAGGAGAAUGAGCAGAGCAGAGCGCUGAUCUCCCAGCUGCAGCUGUGCUUCCGGGAGGAACUGGCGUCCUCCAUCAACAUGGAGCUCCCCACAUACCUGAAGGACUCCUACUUCCUCGAGGAGGAGCAGCGAUUGAAGGAAGAGCGAGCUGUCUUCGAGGAGCAGAGGCAGACGUUCCAAACGGAGCGGAAGAACUUCACAGAGGCAGCCAUUCGUCUGGGCUGGGAGAGGAAGCAGUUUGAGGAAGAGAAGGCCCUUCUCUUGAAGCAAGAGUUCUUGCGUUCGUUGCCGAGGCUAGAAGUCCGAGACCCCAAGCGGAGACUUUCUGCCCCCGUGGCUGCCAGAGAACAUGACCACUUACCCAGGCAAAGGAGGGGAUCCCGGCCCAUGAGUACCCCUUACUCCAAACUCAUCAUCACUCCAAGCCACACCCCAAUAGGGCUCUUCAGAAGCCAGCCGUGGCACCUGACCUCCAACCCUAGCCCCCUCACCAGGGCAGAGCUGGACAGGCAAACAGCUCUCCUCCCAGGGAAUGGGCCCGUUCCUUCACUGCAGCUCUGCCAAAGAAAGGAGAAUCACCAAGACGCAUCUUGCCAAACGGAGCUGGUUACAGAGGAUGAUUUUCAGGGCGACUUCUUGGACUGUUCUAUGGAAAGUUCCUUCUUGGGACUUCAUGCUAUUGGAAUCCAAGGAUAUCUGUAAAGUUGAUCUGAGCAUAUCUGCCCACAACAGUUGUAGGGGCAGAUAACUCAGGGGUGGGUUCCUGUGAAUCUAUUCUGACAGUAGGGACUCUUUUUCCCUAGGGAGAGGCACAGUUACAAUGGAAGAGACCCACAGGCCCCAGACAUAAACUAUAACACCACUCAUUUUUGUGACUGUAUAGAAGUUUACAUGAGUACCAACCCAUGCAACAUGGGGAAGAGGUCUCUGCUGGAUUAGCUGAUCUUUGUCGACUGUUAUUUUGCUUUUUAGUAGGGGACAGAUUUUAGAUCAGGGGUGUCCAAUUCUGGCACUUCAGAUGUUCAUGGACAACAAUUGUAGUCCAUGAACAUCUGAAGUGCCAGAAUUGGACACCCCUGUUUUAGAUCACAUGUGAGCCCCCCUUGCCUGGCUGUAUUUGUGAAUGAGUCAACUUCUAAAAUCUGCAGCUUUAUUCUUACUAUUCAUAUCUAUUUUGUAAUAAAUAAUCUAUUUUAAUAA